CGCUAAUCCAAUUAAUAAUUUCAAGAGGCUAAACUUGGAUUAAUCAGUUAAUUAACAUAUCAUCUCCGUUAGAUGUGGUUUUCAAUUCAAACACCAUUAAUCUAUUCCUUUUGUUUCUUAGAAAAUGUCACUAUGACAUAUUUCACGAAACUUAAAAAAAAAACAAUAUAAUAGACUACUAUAUCAUUAUUUAUUAUAUGAUUAAUUAAAUAAAAAUUUUUUUAAAAAAUAUUAGUUAUUCGAAAUGAUAAAACAUAGAUUUAAUGCACAAAGUUACAUCAAAAAUAUAGAAUAAUAUGUUUUCUGAAACAAAAAAAAAAUGACACAUUAUCAAACAGAAGAAGGACCAUUUAUACCAAAUAAGAAGGCAUGUGGGUUUUGAUUAAUGAACUAGUAAAACAGACCAUCGACAACGAGUACUAGAUUAAUUAACGACAGUUAUACCUAGCUAAUUAGAUUGAUCGCAAAUCCAACGGCCAUCACAUCAUUCAAAUCCAAGAUGUCCCCAAUUGGUACAAUAUCUUCAUCAUGAAAAACCAAAACCGCACAUCGUUUCUACUAACCGAUAGGUACUCUCUCCCGAAUUUCGUUACGUUCUCUUAUCGCACCUAUCCGUUUUCUUGUUCAACGUAAUUCACAUACGUCUAUAGAACGAUGUUAACCUAAGAUCAAAAGAAUUCAAACACAACAUAUAACUUUUCCUUUUUAAUAAAGAACGUAACACUUACGUUUCUAUAAUAAAUAUUCACAUCAAUAAAUUCUCCUCGGAAUCUUGAAAAUAUUAUAUAAUUUACACAAAUUAAAAAUAUUUUUUGGCAGUCUAGCGAAUGUAUUCAAUUAACACAAUAAAAUUAGAGUUUCUACUAACGAAUUUAAAUUUCACUUUUAGUUUAUAGCUUCUAGAAGACUUAAUCUCUAUAAAGCGGCAACACUCUUCUCUCUCACAUCAUCAAUUACUUCUCAACCCUGAACUGAAUCACAAUAUCAUAUUUCUCUUCAACCUUGAAAUCUAUACGACAAUGGAGCUGAUCCCUGAUCUUCCGGAGCCCGUAGCCCGCGAGUGUCUCCUACGCUCCUCCUACCAGCAGUUUCCUCUGAUCGCCUCUGUUUCCAAACUCUGGCGGCGAGAGAUCAGUCUCCCUGAUUUUCUCCGACACCGUAAAGCUUCAGGACAUAGCCAGGAGCUUGUUGUCUUGUCCCAGGCUAGGAUCAAACCGGUUUCAGAACUCGGUUCGGGAAAAACCAUCCCCACUCCCGUGUACCGGAUCUCUGUUCUUGAACCAGGGUCCGGUUUAUGGACCGAGCUGCCUCCGGUUCCCGGUAAAUCCAACGGCUUGCCUCUGUUCUGUAGAUUAGCUUCUGUCGGGACUGAUCUUGUCGUGAUCGGCGGGCUUGACCCGGCCACGUGGCGGACGUCGGAUUCCGUCUUGAUCUUCAGUUUCUUGACUUCCACGUGGCGUAACGGGACGAGCAUGCCGGGUGGACCACGCUCCUUCUUCGCCUGCGCUUCUGAUUCUGAACGGAACGUGUUCGUCGCCGGUGGACACGACGAAGACAAGAACGCGCUGACGUCAGCUCUCGUGUACGACGUGGCAGAAGACAGAUGGGCUUUACUGCCAGACAUGGGCCGUGAGCGAGACGAAUGCAAGGCUAUUUUCCACGCUGGCAAAGUUCACGUUAUAGGUGGUUACACCACGGUGGAGCAAGGGCAGUUUAGUAAAACCGCCGAGUCACUCGACGUCGCGACACGGCGGUGGGGAGCAGAGACUAAAGAUUUUCUCGCUCCGGGGAUGACUACUUGGCCUCCGGUUUGUGCAGCCGGCGGAAACGGGGUGCUCUACGCUUGCUGCCGUCGUGAUCUGAUGGUGAUGAAUGGUGACACGUGGCAGAAAGUUGGGGAUUUACCUGCUGACGUGUGUAAUGUAUCAUACGUGGCGGUAAGGAGGUCCGGGAAGCUGGUCGUGAUCGGUUCGGCUCGGUACGGUGAACCAAGCGUAGUGUACAUUUGGGAUGCGAGUGAUUCUCGAUGGGAGAAACUGGAAACGUGUGAAAAAUAUGAAGGUCACGUUCAAGCUGGUUGUUUCUUGGAGAUAUAACAAGAGGAUGCAAGAUUGGUCGGUUGGUUUCUUUCAGUUCAUGGUGUGACUGUACAAAUAUUCUAUAGAUAUCCAAAAAGGUUCAUAAGCUUGAGUGUUAAUUUGUUGUUGAUUCAUUUUAUAUUUUUGUGCUUCGUUUUGUUAAUAACACAGACGAGUGUCCAAUUUUCAAAUCCAACAAAAAAUGAGACAUAACACAGAGUAACACGACAACGUUGAAUCGUUGAUACUUUUGUCCUUUGAAGCUUCAUCUUUUGUGGAUCAAAAGAAUAAAGUUGGGCAUUUGGGCUUAUUUGGGCCACAUUAAGUUAUUAUGCAAGUUUAUAAAUCUACCGUUAAUCAUUGUUGUGUGAUGUUACCGAAAUUAGCGGUAGAUGAAUUAUAUCCUACUACGACCUUUUUCAAUGCAGAUCGAGAAAAGACUGAUAGAGUGAUAGCUACACUCCGAAGGUACAGAAGCCACACAAGCGUAAGAUGGACAUAAAACCUUCUCACUAUCAUGUGACCUUUCAGACAAUAACGCUGAAGCUCACUCGCCUGUGUUCAAACUUUUUCCGAAUGAUCUUUUUGUUAAUGAGUCUGCUGUACUUACUGAAGCAUGUAUCCACUGUACUAGGUAUAAAGCACACAAAAGCACAAGAGCAAAGACAAACACGAAAGAAAAUAAACUUGAUUGUUGAAUAUCACAAGGUAGCUCUGAUAAAGAAAGUGUAGGGCUAGACAAACGCGAAAGAAAAGGAAAGACUGGUAGCUCUGGUGUAGAUGAUUUAGAGAAUUUUUAAGAGCAAGCCAACAUAUGAAAUCUCGUGUAGAGAGUUAUGGCAUCCAAUGUCUCCGUUGAUGAAUAUCACACUUGUACUUAGGCCAUUUUUAAGGCCGAUGGCAGUUACAAUUGUACUUUUCUGGAUAUCGUAUACGAUAGAACAACAUAUUUAAUA